AUGGUUUGCCCACAGAUUCCGCUAACCUGGUGUCCCAGGUCAGAAUCAGUCCCUGAUAAGAGGGGAAGGAUGAAAUCCAGCAGUGCUGCAGCCCUCGAAGCCCAGAGAAAAUUGGGUUAUUCUAAUACCCAAUCUAUUUCUAAUUGAAUUGAAUUAGGACCUAAUCCCUAUUUUUUUCUCCAUGUCCUCUCUUCCCCACCCUCUAUCCCUCCCCAGGAUGUAUGAAAACGCACCCGCCCUGGUGGCACCGCAGGGGGUCUUGGCCGAUCGUAGGACAACCCAGGAGGAGAUGCUGGGCCAGACCAGGCAGGUGAUCCAGGGGAUGGAGGCCCUGAGACUGGAGCACCACUCUCUCCUGGAGGGCCUACUGGGGAGCCUGCACUGCCUGGAAGUGGAGGGGAGCCAGAACCACGAGGAGCCCAGCCCUGCCCAGGAGAAGGCCAGGGCCAUCCACCGCUCGCUGGACACCCUAGAGCUUGGGCUGGGCGAAGCGCAGGUCAGAUACAUUGAAUUGUAAUCAUUGCAAUUUGCAGAUGAAAAACAGAUACUGCAUUCUUAACAUUCGUAGGCACUCUCUUGUGUAGAAAAGUAAAACUCUUUACUCGAUUAUUAUGGUUAUACACGUGGCAGGAAUAAAACAUUCACAAACACGUAGUCAGAUGUAGUCUAUGGGACAUUAUAUGCCAAAACUCUUAAGUUAAUGUUUCAGUCUCAGUCAAAAUCACAUGUAGGACUGCACUCAGAUUUUGGAUCAAGAGUAUCUGUUUUUCAUUCUUUGGCUAUCUUAACAUUUGUGAGGAGGAGAAAGCGUUUUUCAACUUGUAGCUAGCCACUCUGUUUCCUGUUUCACUUCUGUUUUGCCUGAUGGACCUGACCGAGGUCAGAGAUUAAGAGUACUGCUUGUGGCAGCUGGGGUAAGCUUUCUUUAGCUUAGAGCAAUUAGCAUAGUAUUGUCAGUAUGUAUCAGGUUAGGGUUGAGGUCAUGUCAUGGGAGGUCAGAUGACACUUGCUUGCUGUCAGAGUUGUUUUGUGUUCCGAGUUUUGCUCUGUUUUUCUGCGUACAGCCACAGUAAUGCCGCGUUCAAAACUACUGGGAACUCGGAACUCUGACUUCCGACUUCAGUGCGUUCAAGACAACUAGGAACUCUGAAAAAACUAGCUCCGACUGGGAAAAAUAGUUCUGAACAGUCUUCCAACUCAUAAUUUCAACUCAGGAACUCUGGCCUCUUUCUAGAGCUACGACUUUCCAACCUAAAGAUCACUGACGUCAUGAUUUGACCUUGUUUGUUUCAGAGUUGGCAAGACAUGGCACCCUAAGAACAACCUAUGCAGUUUGAGGUUAAAGGCCUAUCUGGGUUUUCCCCCAUAGAAAUAUAAUUACUAGAAUGGACAUUCCCAUGCAAGUGUGAUGGGUGGACCGGCUGCCAUAUUGUCUUUUCCAAUAAUUAUUUUCCUACCUCCCCUUCCCCAGGUCAUGCUGGCCCUGUCGGCCCACCUUAGCAUGGUGGAGGCGGAGAAGCAGAAGCUGCGUGCUCAGGUGAGGCAGCUGUGCCAGGAGAACCAGUGGCUGCGGGAUGAGCUGGCGGGGGCACAGUGGAGGCUGCAGGAGAGCGAGCAGAGUGUGGCGCAGCUGGAAGAAGAGAGGAGGCACCUGGAGUUCAUGAGCUGCCUCCGGCGAUAUGACGACGACAGCGAUGACCUUUCGUCCCCCGUGAGUGUAUUCAAUAGUCACCGCCACAACACCACAUCAGGAUUCUCUUUUUUUUUCAUCAAAGUUUAUUUUGAGAUUUUCUAGUGAUUUCAACUAAAACAUCAAUACAUUUUAUCAGAUCAAAAACAAAUUUACAGACAUUCACCGACCCCAUGUAGCCAUCAGGAAUUGUAAAAAAUAAAUGUGUAUAUUGCUAGACUAGCAUAAACCAGCUCUCUUAGCAUUCAGCGGAAUUAAGUUCCUGCAGACAGCAACAUUUCCUAGUUCAUGUUUGAGAACUUUAUACUCAAAUGUAGGUCAGACAAUAUGAUUAAUGGUUUUUGGUGGCAGCAGUGGGAUCCAUGCUAUAACAGAAGAUACAGAAGAAGCCAGAGUUGCUGUCAAGGUACUAAAGAGGAGACUUUUGGAGACAAGCAUGGGUUGAACAGUGCCACAGAACGUGUGAAUGCAUGCCAAGCCAACAACUUUUGGUUCCCAGAACAAUUAAUCAAUGGUACAGAUAGCAUUCUAGAAAUUUAUUUUCUCGCAAAACCUUUCCAGGACAGUCCAGAAAUUGCAGGGUGAUGACAUGAACAGGGACAUUUAUCUUCCACAUUGUCAAUGUAUCCAGAACAUGAAUCACCUGAGAUGUUCUGAUAAAGUUUUGUUGGGCUUUCUUCUCAAUCAGACAGGAGUGGGACUUUACCAGACAGGAGUGGGAACUUCACCUGAUGUUCUAGGAACAAUUCUUGUUAGCUGUGUGUGCGCUAAUGAUAGUGAUAAUACAACCCUACCUUUACUCACCAGGAAGAGAUUGAUUCCAGCAAGGAAACACUGGAUGACCUCUUCCCCAAUGAUGAAGAGGAGAACCAGGGCCAUGGCAGUAAGCACUGGGCGGGCAGGGGAUUAGAGACUGGGAUUAUUACUGGAAUCUAAUCUAGAAUCAUCUGCAGUAUCAGAAUGGCAUACUAUGUAGCUUUCAAAUAUUCCCUUGCACAGUGAAAACACUAACAGUAAUGGCAAUGAUAGUCACAAAAUCCAACAACAAAAAACACAUUUAUUCCCCUAAUGCAAUAGUAUAAUUACUAAUUGUUGUAAUGGUGUUGGUGGUAUUAUUUUGUCAGUGGCACAAAUUAUUUGUUGUAUGUAUUAGAAGCUAGCAAGCUAGUAUUACUAGCUAGUAAACUAGCGGUAGCGAUAAUGGUCACAGUUACGAUGUCAUUAAAUAAGGUAGACUCCAUAUUCCCUUCAGUUCAGCAGCACAGUAGCAAUGUGGCGAUGGCAGCCGCCAACCAGGGUGGCUACGAGAUUCCAGCCCGUCUGCGUACGCUCCACAACCUGGUGAUCCAGUACGCCUCGCAGGGUCGCUACGAGGUGGCUGUGCCCCUCUGCAAACAGGCCCUUGAGGACCUGGAGAAGACCUCCGGACACGAGCAUCCAGACGUGGCCACCAUGCUCAACAUCCUGGCCCUGGUCUACAGGUGAGCCCCGCAGGAUGCCGGAGAAGAUGAUGACGGACCACAGGAACGAUCCUGUGUUAUAUUCAGUUAUGUUCUCCGAUCAGAUCUUGUUCCUCCAGUUUGAUAAGAAUAAGAUGGGAUAGUGUUUGUAAUGGAAAUAAUCUGAUCAGAGAACAUGAAACAUAUCAUAGUGAUGACAGCAUAGGCCUAUUGUCUUUACUACAUUGAAAUUAUGUAUCCUUUCAAUGAGUGCUCUUAUGGUCUUCAAGUUAUAUAUAUCAAUAAAUAUCAAUAUCAAUAUUUUCUUAUUUAUUCCUAAACUAAUAAUUGGUCAACAUUAUGGUACCAUCGAUUUAGGAUUAUGUUACUUUAGAAUAGACAACAGCUGACAUGAGCUAAGUCAUUGAUCCAGUUUUGUGCAUUCCUCAUGUAGGGGGCACCUAUCUUUCCCACAGAUGGCAAUGGGCUAGAAGGUUCUCAACUUCAAAUAAGCAGUGGCCGCCAAUAGAGUAUAAAUAUCAGGUGACAAAUUUCAGUGUUAAAGCACAUUAUGAUGCAGGAAGUUUAUAAGGACAUGGACUCCACCUUUUUGGAAUAGUUGCCAGGCCCAAAUGUCUGUAUGAUUUAGUGUGUAAAUCCAACCUGCCAGCCACACCAUUUCAUUCAAAGCACGAGCCACCAACUCCGAAGCCCAAUCCCAGCCUAAUGUUUGACAGUGAAAGCAUUCGGGUUUAACAUGAUAAAUAGUCAGUUACUCUUCUCACAUGAUGGGGACCAUUGUUGUUGUUGAAAACAGCCAAGCUCUGGCAACCCUAACCCUGGUUUUACCUUGAGGUUGCCGUGGCGAUACCCUAGUAACCAGGCCCUCCACCCCUCUCCUUCCAGGGACCAGAAUAAGUACAAAGAGGCAGCCAACCUUCUCAACGACUCGCUGGCGGUUCGGGAGAGGACCCUUGGCAGGGACCACCCGGCGGUGAGUGUAUGGCCAUCACCUUGUGUCUAUGUGUGUGUAUGGCAGGGGUGUCAAAGUCAAAUGGACGGAGGGCCAAAUAAAAAAUUUAGCUACAAGCCGAGGGCCGGACUGUUCGAAUGUUCAUUGAAAAAUUUUUAAAUGACGCAUAUAGUCUAGUGAACCUAAUUGAACCUACUGAAAACCUAACAAAUAUAUUCCAAUAUGAUCAGAUAAAUAAAGCAAUAUUUUCUUAUGGCUCUGUCAGUAAUCUUUAAUUUUCAACAGACACAAAAGACAAAUUUCCUUUAUAUAAAAAUCCCCAUAACAUGAACAUUAAAUGAAAGAAACCGGUAUUCAAGGCACCAUCAGUAGCCUAUAUUUUCUAUUUUAGCAAAAGUGGGCUAAAUUUACUUCAAAGAAAAAAACAAUAAUAGCAAUUUUCUAUCAUCCACUCAACUGAAAUAUUUUUAAAAUAUAAUUGGAUUGAAAUACAAUAAAAUAAAGUGCAAAAAUCUAUUAAUCAAAAACAACACUUUGUUUAAGGAGAAGUAACAUGCAGUGAAAACAAAUAUUAAACUUUAACUUUUAAACUUGAACUGAGUAAAAACUCUAAAUAUGUGAUUGCACAGUAAUGUUCACUUGUUUGAGGUUGAGGGUGAUACUUGGUGGUGUCCCAUCUUUUCCACAAGUUCAUCAAUGUUCGGGGUAAGGCUCUGAGCUGAGGAAAUCCUCAGAAUUGAGUGGAGGUGUUCAGCAGUAAGUCGACUUCUGUGUGAUGUUUUGUUCAGGUUCAUCAAAGAAAACAGUUGUUCACACAGAUAUGUGCUGCCAAACAUAGACAACGUUUGAGCAGCCUGGAUGCGCAGCUGGGGCAUUGUGUCGGGGAGGAAACGGGCGAACUCCGCAGCACCCACUGCCGCAUAUUUUGCCCUCAGUGCAUCAUUGCAUUGGAGGUCAAUCAACUCCAUUUGGAGGUUUGGUGGUGAGCUUUCCACGUCAACAGCAAAUGGGUUACCGAGCAGUUCCAACCUGCUUUUUUGUGCUUCAAAGUCAGCAAAUCGGCGUCGAAAGUCAGCGGCAAGCAUACCUAUUUUAUCAGCCAACUGUGCGCUCAGGAACGCACUGGUAGAGAGCUUCUCUUUCAUGGUCUGGCAGCUGGGAAAGUGGCUCAAAUUUUCUUUCCGCAUCUGCGUCUCCCACAGAGUCAGUUUGGUUUUAAAUGCCUUCACUGUACUGUACAUAUCAGAGAUGACAUGAUCCCGACCCUGCAGCUGCAAGUUCAUUGCAUUCAGAUGACUCGUAAUGUCACACAGAAAAGCCAUUUCACACAGAAACAUUUCGUCUCGGAGUUGUGUUGUGUCUUUCCCUUUGCUGUCCAAGAACAGACAAAUCUCCUCACGAAGCUCGAAACAUCUUUGAAGCACCUUUCCCUGGCUUAGCCAUCGCACCUCUGUGUGAUAAGGCAAAUCACCAUGCUCCGUUUCUAACUCCGUCAGAAAUGCCUUGAACUGGCGGUGAUUCAAACCUUUGGCUCUGAUAAAGUUAACUGUGCGCGUGAUGAUGCUCAUUACAUGCUCCAUUUUCAAGGCUUUACCGCACAACGCUUCCUGGUGUAUGAUACAAUGAUAAGCUGUCAGCUCACCUGUCGCGUUUUCCUCUUGCAUCUUUUCCCGUAUCUUCGCCACCAGUCCGCUCCUGUGUCCACACAUCGCAGGUGCUCCGUCGGUUGUCAAACCCACGAGUUUUUCCCAAGGCAGCUCCAUCUCAUUUACACAUCUUGACACCUCUUCAUACAAAUCAUGCCCCGUAGUUGUGCCAUGCAUAGGACGUAAAGCCAAAAACUCCUCUGUCACGCUUAGGCUGGAGUCCACUCCGCGGAUGAAAAUUGACAACUGGGCAAUGUCAGAAAUGUCGGUGCUCUCAUCCACAGCCAAGGAAUAUGCAAUGAAAUCUUUUCCCUUUUUCACAAGCUGCUCUUUUAGAUUGAUGGACAACUGGUCUACUCUCUCGGCAAUGGUGUUUCUGCUCAGACUCACAUUUAAAAAGAGUUGCCUUUUUUCUGGGCAAACUUCGUCACAAACUUUAAUCAUGCAGUUUUUGAUGAAAUCCCCCUCCGUAAAUGGCCGGGCUGAUUUAGCGAUCUCUUCUGCCAAAAUAAAACUGGCCUUGACAGCAGCCUGGCCUUGUGAUUUGGCUUUUUUGAACAGAGCCUGUCGAGAUUUGAGGCCUCGUUUUAAUUCCUCUGCCUUUUGUAGCCUUUGUUCCAUGUCCAUAUUCUUGUUUUUGUCCGCGUGUUUCGUUUCAUAAUGUCGUCUCAGAUUAUACUCUUUCAGUACCGCCACACUUUCUCCACACAGAAGACACACAGGUUUUCCAGCUACCUCCGUGAACAUAUACUCCGACUCCCACCUUGUUUGAAACCCCCGGUUCUCAGUGUCCACCUUCCGUUUUGCCAUUUCUGAUGGGUAUCUGAAAGUUAAUUUUACUGUGAUGCUGACGACUGCUGUGCCAAUAAAUAUUGAAAUGAAGCAGCCUACUGCUCGGUGCGUCACCGUUGCAUUGUGGGAAAUGUAGUAUUGGUGCGUGUAAAAGAUCUGCGGGCUGCCGGCUUGCUGCGGUCUGCGGGCCGGUUCUAAUAAUAAAUCAAGAUCAUCCCAGGGGCCGUAAAAAACCUUCUCGCGGGCCGGAUGUGGCCCGCGGGCCUUGACUCUGACAUAUGUGGUGUAUGGCCAUCACUUUGUGUCUAUGUGUGUGUAUGGCCAUCACUUUGUGUUUGUGUGUGUUUGUCUCUGACCCCACUGUUGUGUUGUUCCCAUACCCGCUCCCCCUUCCAAUUCUAAGGCUGACAGCUACUAGUCACUGUAGCUGUCAUUGACCUAGCGGCUGUGUGAGUAUCACUGACCCUGUGGCUAACGUCCCCAUACCCUCCUCUCAGGUGGCCGCUACACUCAACAACCUGGCUGUGCUUUAUGGGAAGAGUGGCAGGUACAAGGAGGCCGAGCUACUGUGUAAACGAGCGCUGGAGAUUAGGGAGAAGGUGGGUCACUAGGUGUGUGUCUGUCUCUGUGUGUGUGUGUGUGUGUAAAAAUAAUAAUAAAACAUGGAUUUAACAGGUGACAUCAAUAAGGGAUCAUAGCUUUCACCUGGAUUCACCUGGUCAGUCUGUCAUGGAAAGAGCAGUUCCUAAUGUUUUGUACACUCAGUGUAUAAUUUUUUCUACCACUGACCUGCUCUCAACUUUAUUGAGGAAAAAUGUACUUACUAUGACUGAGAUAUGUGGUUUUACAACCUAGCAAACUUAAGAUGAAUGCACUAACUGUAAGUCGCUCUGGAUAAGAGUGUCUGCUAAAUGACUAAAAUGUCAAUGUAAACUGUGUGCGUGCCUAUUUAUCUAAAUACCUCAUCCUACACAAAACUAAACUCCUAACCCCUGUUGAUCUAGAUACUGGGUAAGGAGCAUCCUGACGUGGCCAAGCAGCUGAACAACCUGGCCUUGCUGUGCCAGAACCAGGGGAAGUAUAGAGAGGUGGAGCAGCACUACCAACGUGCCCUGGACAUCUACCAGACCAGGCUUAGCCCCGAUGACCCCAACAUGGCUAAAACCAAGAACAAGCUGGUGAGAGACUGGUACCCUUUUCACACUAGUGAGCUGAGCUGAGUUUUAAUGGUCUGGCUUGGUUAAGCAUCCGCCACAGUUGCUAGAAGUGUGCUGGAAUGAUGAAAGGAAAAUACUGGGACACUAUCAUCUAGUCCCAAACAGAGCAGCUCACUGAAAUCUGCCUGGUGCCUGGGCUAGUACUCUGUGUUGAAAGAACAUGGCCGUGUCCAGAAAUAACCCCUAGCCCCUACCCCCUUGGACAUUGUGCAGAUCUGAAAGGAUUGGAUUAGUAUAAUAAGCAAUAUGGUGGAUGUCCACGUAGCCAAUCAGAGAUCAGCCGCAUUGCUUACAUCUCAGUAUCCAACCCUUUCAGAUCUAUAGAUGUGCCUAGAGGGUAGGGGCUAAUGGUUGUUUCUGGAUUGUGCCUAAAUGAAGGUUCUAGUAAUUGACCUGUAUUUUAUACAGCCUCUCAUUGACAGGUACUUCACUGUCAAGUCAAUAGUCUGUUGAAAAAAUGCACAAGACAUAACAAAUGGAUAUCUGUAAAGCACCUUCUGACAACUGCCGAUGUAAAAAGGGCUGUAUAAAAUACAUUUCAUUGAUUGAUUUGAUUGACAUAAAAAAUGAAGUAUUUUGUAUAGAAUUUGUUGCCUUUCAUAUGUUUGGAAUGUCAUUAUUUCCACUCAUGAUAUCUGAAAUGAUACACUACAUGACCAAUAGUAUAUGGACACCUGCUCGUCGAACAUCUCAUUCCAAAAUCAUCGGCAUUGAUAUGGAGUUGGUCCCCCCUUUGCUGCUAUAACAGCCUCCACUCUUCUGGGAAGGCUUUCCACUAGAUGUUGGAACAUUACUGCGGGGACUUGCUUCCAUUCAGCCACAAGAGCAUUAGUGAGGUCGGGCACUAAUGUUGGGCGAUUAGGCCUGGCUCGCAGUCGGCCUUCCAAUUCAUCCCAAAGGUGUUCGAUGGGGUUGAGGUCAGGGCUCUGUGCAGGCCAGUCAAGUUCUUCCACACCGAUCUCGACAAACCAUUUCUGCAUGGACCUCGCUUUGUGCAUUGUCAUGCUGAAACAGGAAAGGACAUUCCCCAAACUGUUGCCACAAAGUUGGAAGCACAGAAUCGUCUAGAAUGUCAUUGUAUGCUGUAGUGUUAAGAUUUCCCUUCACUGGAACUAAGGGGCCUUGCCCAAACCAUGAAAACAGCCCCAGACCAUUAUUCCUCAUCCACCAAACCUUACAGUUGGCACUAUGCAUCCGGCAGGUAGCGUUCUCCUGGCAUCCGCCAAACCCAGAUUAGUUCGUCGGACUGCCAGAUGGUGAAGCGUGUUUCAUCACUCCAGAGAAAGCAUUUUCACUGCUCCAGAGUCCAAUGGCGACAAGCUUUACACCACUCCAGCCGACGCUUGGCAUUGUGCAUGGUGAUCUUAGGCUUGUGAGCGGCUGCUCGGCCAUGGAAACCCAUUUCAUGAAGCUCCUGAAGAAACAGUUAUUGUGCUGACGUUGCUUCCAGAGGCAGUUUGGAACUCGGUAGUGAGUGUUGCAACCGAGUACAAACGAUUUCUACGCGCUGCGUGCUUCAGCACUCGGCGGUCCCGUUCUGUGAGCUUGUGUGGCCUAUCACUUCGCGGCGGAGCCGUUGUUGCUGCUAGACAUUUCCACUUCACAAUAACAGCACUUACAGUUGACCGGGGCAGCUCUAGCAGGGCAGAAAUUUGACGAACUGACUUGUUGGAAAAGUGGCAUCCUAUGACGGUGCCACGUUGAAAGUCACUGAGCUCUUCAGUAAGGCCAUUCUACUGCCAAUGUUUGUCUAUGGAGAUUGCAUGGCUGUGUGCUCGAUUUUAUACACCUGUCAGCAACAGGUGUGGCUGAAAAAGCAGAAUCCACUAAUUUGAAGGGGUGUCCACAUACUUUUGUAUAUAUAAUGUAUCUCCCUUCCUCUCUUAGGCCUCCUGUUACCUAAAGCAAGGGAAGUUUAAACAAGCAGAGGUGCUGUACAAAGAGAUCCUAACCCAUGCCCAUGAGAAGGCCAGUGGCUCUACAAAUGGUAAGGACCCAUCAUUUACAUCUUCCGUUAAAGUUUUUAUUGUGAAAACAAUCUGGAAAAUGCCUCUAGUUCCCAGCCAUACCUGGGUCAAAAUAGUAUUUUAUCUUCUUUCAAAUCCUUGAGGUGUGCUGUGUUUCGCUUACCCUGCAUGCUGGAUGGGCGGGUUUGUACUUUUGGGGCUAUUCUAUUGGUUCCAUUACACCAGUUAACCUGUCUGUCUGUGUAUUUAUCUGUUGAUACAGGGGAGGUCAAGUCCAUCUGGAUGCAGGCAGAGGAGAGGGAGGAACAGGUGAACAAACUCAGCCCCUCAUAUUUGAUCAAAUCUCAUUUCAGCUACUACAACCAUAGUAACAAAUCUGCCCACACUGGACUAUAACCUGUACAGCAACCAAUGCUCCAACCAACUGAGCCAUUGUUCACCAUUCCACUGUUGACCAUGUUUAAAUGUGUGCUCCUCAGGGCAGAAAGAGAGAAGGCCUGUCUAUAGGAGAUCAAGGUAGCUGGGACAGGACUGGCAAAGUGGACAGGUCAGUCAUCUCCAUGCUCAGGGUGGCGUAUCCACUAGGUACAGCUCUAGGAUCAGCUUCACUUCCCCCAAUAUUAACCUUAACCAUUAGUGGGGAAAAUACUAAACUGACCCAAGAUCAGCAUGUAGAGGCAACUUUACCCUGAAGCCGAUCCUAGAUCUGUUUCCUGACCGAGUAUGAUGAAUUUGCCCCUAGACACUGAUGUAAGGUCAGUUUCUCAUUCUCCCUCCUUAUGGUUAAGGUAAGGAUUUGGGGCGGGAAAGCUGAUCCUAGAUCUGUGCCUAAGGCCAGGCAAAUUUGUCCUACUCCAUUAGGGUUGUAUUCACUACACACGAAAUGAAAGAAAACAGGUCGAAACAGGGAAGGACUACCUGAAAUUGUCCAAUAAGAAAGACUUGUUUUAGUUUUCUGUUGCAAAAUGUUUUGUUUCGGUGUACACUAAUGAAUAUUACAUGGUUUACACAAUCCCUGACCUUUGACCCCGUGCAGUGCCACCAUGACCAGCACCCUGAGGAACUUGGGAGCCCUCUACAGGCGACAGGGCAAACUGAAGGCAGCAGAGACACUGGAGGCAGCGGCCACACACACCCCUAAACAAGUGGGUCCGGUCUGCAUUAAAAAAUAUAUUUUAUUUAACUUAAUAUAAUUGUUUUAUUUAACUUUUAUUAUUAUGAUUUGUUUUAUUUAUGUUUUAUAGUUUUGAUUUAUUUAUUUUAGGAAGGGGAAAAAAGGCAAGUGUUCAGUACAGUAGGGCCCAAAAGAUAACACAUGAAUGUAUUGUGCAUAAUCAAAUUCCUAUAUAGAUCAUAUACCUCCAACAGUAACCAAUUAAAAGUAGGAAACGAGUUCACCCGCAAGUUACUUAUUAAUACCAAUGAAAUGUGAAGGUUUAGGAAAUACCUGGCCAAGGAAUGACCAGGAUGUGUUUGUCCUCCCACACUUAGUAGUAUUGCUGUGUGUUUCCACGUUGUAUGUGUUCAUCUGUGUGUGCGUCUGUGUGUAUAGAGCCAGAAGCGGUGUGUUCUAGCUGCCGAGGCCCCCAGCGACAGCGCGGCCAUGGAGAAGCAAUGCAGCAGUAGUGAGAGCCUGACCUCUGAGGUGAUCACGGUGAAGUACGACAGUGGCCUACACGGAGGAGAGGUGGUCAACCUCAGUCUGGAAUGGAACGGGGUGAGGAGGAGCACAACUCUCUACCACUCAGUCUACGGCUACAGAGACUAA